UGGUUGACAUUUCCAGUAAAAGUUUAUAAACAAAAAUAGCCACUUGUAUGUUUUAGAUAAAGCGCGGUUUAUCAAAUCUUGAUUCCACGUGAAUUCAAGUAAAUUUGUUCCUCAGUGAUGUUUGAAUUAUGAAAAUUAAGCUUUUCCUGUUAUUUUUACUACACCAAUCCUAAUGUCAAAUGUCCUUAUGUUCUCAUGGUUGGACUCAUUACACCUUUCAACAUCAGCUGUGGGUAAAUAAAUUAACGCGUGCUUCUCACUACUGAACAUGAAAUUAUUGGAUCUGUUUUUGUUGCCGUUUGUUGAUUAAAUCUUUGGCCAUUUAAGUUAACCUGUUCAAAACAUGGAUCUUAUUGCUACUAAAAGAGUCAAAUCUGCAGUAUUAAAAAAAGUGGAACUUGUAUCGACAAACUCUUCUGUCAGCUGUACAACAAGUCAUAUAUUUACAGAGUUAUGUUCAUCUCAUUAUUUAAAUGGGUGCAAAUUGUUAUUGCCGUCCAUGACUUGCGACGAAAAAGUGAGCCAGGAUCAUCUAUUAAGAGGAACAUUAAUCAUAAUAUCAUCUAUGAUACAAGAGGGCUAUUCAAAUUUGAGUGACUCUACUAAACGAUUGAUGGAUACUUUUUUCGAAUCAGUUUGUCUUAAACAAGAAGUUUUGGUUGAAUUUCUGACUCUUCUGAUGGGGAAUAGUCAUUUUGAAGAAUGCAAAAAAGAAUUUGGUGAUUCCUGGAAUCGACAUAGCAUUCUUUACGUUACAGUCGAUGUGAUAGAAAAACUCUCGAUGGGCUUUACAACGCUUCUUAAUUACAUAGACUGUAUUAAAAAACUCAACCGCGCUGAUGAAUUAUUCACCUCACAAGAAGAGUUGGAUAUGAUUUUGGAACAAACUCGCACCAGUAUGUUAUCAAUCAUACAAAAAGAAGCUGGUCCUUUUGAUUUUCUCAUACCUAGAAUUCUUGAUAUCCUCAUUCAUAAAGAUUUGAUCACCGAAGCCAUCGAUUGUCUCAUUUCCUAUAAAGAUUUAAACGAAGAAAAUUUAAAUGCUUAUAUUUAUAUCUACAAAUUCAUGAUUCAUUAUGGUGAUACCGAGCCGAAUUUCGAGGAAAUUAUCGAUGAAUGUUUCGAUAAGAUAGUUCAACUAUCUCCAUCUUGUCCAUUGAUCCUAGAGAUGGUUGACUAUUGUGAAAUUGAACCAUUAAAAGCUUGCAAAGCACUGAUGGAGUUUGUUGAUUACUCUGAAAACAAAGAAAAUCCCAAAGCAUGGAGAAAAUUAAGCGACUUUCUUGAAAAAUUGAAUAUCGUAGAGUCAAACACCAUACUUGAUCAUUAUAAAUUCAUAUACAGCAGUUAUUGGCAGAAUUAUCAUUGGGAUCAACUCGAGAAUGAAUUUAUUAACAGCGAACUGGAUAUAUGGAAACAAAAAGUUCGAGAUAUUUUGAUCCAACAGAUAAUAUCUCAAAAAUCAAUCAUGAAAACGGAAAGCGUAUCUUCUACAGAAAAAUCAGUGAAAAAAUUUAAGAUGAGUUUUCAAAGUUGAUUUCUCAAUAAAUUUAAGUUAUUUUCUA